AUGAGGGAUGUCACUUACCUCAACCGCCUAGACAACAAUGGCGAUGAUGCCGGCUGUACCUACGAUUACUAUGGCAAUGCCGAUGGUAUUGAACCUGAGGGGGAGGAUAUCAACGCCGCCUACGCUCCUGAGUUCGGCCGCACAAACGAAACAACUCGAAAUGAGGCCUCGGUGUUGUGUCCAUACCGUAAAUGCCGCACGGAGCAGCGUGUUUUCCCAACACGUAAGCAGAUACUCAAGCACCUCAAGUCACAUGCUGCUUGCCUUCAGAUAUGUGCAUUUUGUGGAGAGAUAUGCACAAAGGUAUCUGUGGCUCUAAGCCAUGAUUGUGAUGAGAGGCAAGUGACCAACCGGAAUGACAGGGCUUCGACAAACAACUGGAAGGAAGUUUAUAGAUCGGAUCGUCGUGAGCAUCUAACACAUCCGGAAGCCUUCCUCAAUAGGACCCAUUUCGGUGUUUCAAUACCGCAGAACAGAAAAAAGAAGUCGAAUCCGAUGCACCAAGGCCACAAGUUCAGUGCUACCAAGAGGCUGAGGACAACCGUGACGUCUGGCGUCGAAGCAAACAAUACGUCAGCAAUGGAUGUACCGCACCGAAAUAAUAUAAGCCACUCAUCGGAAGCUCAACUAGUCCAGUUUCAUUUAACUCAGACGCAGUGGGAAGAUGGGGAGACCACUAUCGAAGCACCAUAG